UAUCGAUAUCAAAGCGAUGCACACCGGACGGAACACACCUAAAAUAUAUACUUGAAGAUUGACGUUGAUCGUCGUGCUACUUAUAUUCAAAUAUUGUUUGUAUUACGUUCAAUAUUACCGCUAAAGAAAAAAUGUAUCCUCAAAGUUCACAGAAAAAAUAUUGGACUUUUAAAAGUGAACAAGAAUUAUCAGAGCUAAGGUUGAAACAAAACAACAACUUCAUUGCUCGGCAUGGUGCAAGAAUGACCGAAGAGCAAAAGUCGGCAUUUUUCUUGUCCGCAGAUGAAGAACGUCUACUUUUAAAACAAUACGAACUGCAGCUGAAAGAAUUUUGUAAACGAUUUGAACCACCCAUGUCUAAAUGUGUAGUUGGAACAGCUUUCAAUUAUUUCAAAAGGUUCUAUUUAAACAACUCAUCGAUGGACUAUCAUCCCAAAGAAAUUUUGGCGACAUGCGUGUACCUCUCUUGUAAGGUGGAAGAAUUUAAUGUGUCGAUAGGCCAGUUUGUAGCUAACAUCAAAGGCGAUCGCAGUAAAGCAAUGGACAUUAUACUCUCUAACGAGCUUUUGUUAAUGCAGGAGCUGAAUUAUUAUCUCACAAUCCAUAAUCCGUUUCGACCGAUUGAGGGAUUUUUAAUCGACAUAAAGACGCGUUGCAAUAUGAAUAAUCCAGAUCGGUUAAGACCCGGAAUCGAAGAUUUCAUAGACAAAACGUUUCUUACUGAUGCAAUUCUAAUGUACGCUCCGUCUCAGAUUGCGUUAGCGGCGGUCCUACAUGCCGCUAGCAAAGAACAGGAAAACCUUGAUAGCUACGUCACGGAAUCACUUUUUGGAGCAGCCAAAGAAAAACUGCCAGUGCUAAUCGAAACCGUCAAACGUGUCCGCUCGAUGGUUCGCACUAUUGAAUUACCCCAGAAGGAGAAGGUUCGAGCAUUAGAGAAAAAACUGGAAAAGUGUCGCAAUCAAGAAAACAAUCCAGAUAGUCAAAUCUAUAAGCAACGCAUGAAAAAAAUGUAUGAAGAUGAGGAUGAAGCGGACUUAAUGAGUACAUCCUAUCAUAUAGCUGAUGGUAACUCCGAUGUUUCGCAACUGAAUAGUACGAAUCCGGGCAAUAUGUCAGUAGAAUAUCAUUCUGCAAUUUGAUGGGUAGCGUAUAAUGUUAGUUAAAUAUAAGGUAAGAUUACAGUGUUGUAAUAA